GUCUUUUGAAGCUUCAAUUGAAGAACUGGGCUGUAGACUCUGGUCAAAAUAAUUUAAAAAUUCAUAUCGGAAAGGGGCUUUUUUAAUCCUCUUAUCACCACGAUUCAUAUACAUGGAUACCGAACACAUAUAGAGCGCUUUGUGGCCCGACUUCUGAGUCAGCUGCCCGGAGUGACAACCCCGCCGGAGCCAGCAGACUGGGUGUUGAUCCAGCAGCAGGCGGGCUAGCUGGCUAGCCGCCUAGCUUCUUAAGAACCAGAGGAAUUGGGCAAGAACAACGAGAAGGAAUAAGACUUUGACAACUGCACGUUGACAGAGAAAGGGUCGCGGUUGUCCCUUUCCUGUGUAGCCUGUCAGGGGGAUGAUGGCACACCUCCGAGACAUGCAGAACCAGAAUUCUCGGUUGGACCCGGAGGAGUAUUUCACAAAGCAGGAGCGCAUCGGCAAAGGCUCCUUCGGCGAGGUCUACAAGGGCAUCAAGAACCGCACGAAAGAGGUGGUGGCCAUCAAAAUCAUAGACCUGGAGGAGGCAGAGGAUGAAAUAGAAGACAUCCAGCAGGAGAUCACGGUGCUGAGCCAGUGUGACAGCCCCUUUGUCACCAAGUAUUAUGGCUCCUACCUGAAGGGGACCAAACUGUGGAUUAUCAUGGAGUAUUUAGGUGGUGGUUCAGCUCUAGAUCUGCUCCGCCCAGGCCCUCUUGAAGAGACUUACAUCGCUACGAUUCUCAGGGAAAUCCUUAAAGGACUGGAGUACUUGCACUUUGAACGCAAGAUCCACAGAGAUAUCAAAGCCGCCAACGUGCUGCUGUCGGAGCAGGGGGACGUGAAGCUGGCAGACUUCGGGGUGGCGGGCCAGCUAACGGACACGCAGAUCAAGAGGAACACCUUCGUGGGCACGCCUUUCUGGAUGGCGCCGGAGGUCAUCAAACAGUCGGCCUACGACUUCAAGGCGGAUAUCUGGUCGCUGGGCAUCACCGCUAUUGAGUUGGCCAAGGGGGAGCCCCCCAACUCUGACCUGCACCCCAUGAGGGUCCUCUUCCUCAUCCCCAAGAACACCCCUCCCACCCUGGAGGGCCCCUACAGCAAGCCCUUCAAGGAGUUUGUGGAGGCUUGCCUCAACAAAGACCCACGCUUUAGGCCAACAGCCAAGGAGCUCCUGAAGCACAAGUUCAUCACGCGCUACACGAAGAAGACGCCCUACCUGACAGAGCUCAUCGACCGCUACCGCCGCUGGAAGGCAGAGGGCCACGGGGAGGAGUCCAGCUCCGACGACUCUGACAUGGACGCCGACGGAGACGACAGCCAGUCCCCCAUGUGGACCUUCCCCACCGUCAGACCCAGCUCCAUGAACAAGCUGCAGAAGGGCUACACACACACAGACCAAGAGUCAGCAGAUUCGGUGAAAAGGCAACACAAGUCACAGUGUCUGUCAGCUCUGGUCACGCCCAUCUUUAGAGAGCUGAAAGAGAAGAGGCGGGCGGCCGGCGGGGGCGUGGGCGCCAUCGAGGAGCUGGAGAACGCCUUCAACCUGGCCGAGGAGUCAUGCCCCGGCAUCUCGGACCGCCUCGUCACGCACAUGAUGGAGAGGGUGUGCAGGUUUUCCUUAAACGGUAACACCACCCCAUCUUCACGGUGAACGACCAGCUGGAUGUAACCCCCCCCCCCCCCCCC